CCCUCGGUCUCCGAUGGAAAGAGUUGAAGCCGUGCUGAUAGGAGCCGCUUGGAAGAGACAGCGGAGCGCCCGGGAGGACUUCGGUCCCAACUCCGGUCGCACCGCGGGGACGCUGCCCGCCGCCGCUCGCAUGGCCCGAGGCGGCACUCCCUGAGCCCCGGGCUGGGCAGAGCCGCCGCUCCGCUCCCCUGCUCGCCCCGAGCCGAGCCCAGCCUUGCCGAGCCGAGCCCAGCCCCGCCGAGCCGAGCCCAGCCGCGCCGCGGCUGCCCCCGCUCCUGCGGCAGCCGGAGCGCGAUGUGCCGGUGAGCCCCGCGCCGGGAGCCCGGCGGCCGCCCCUGAAGUGGAUACAGCUUUUCUCUGGCAAGACUGAGGGAACUGGAACUGCCUGUGCCACAAUUUGUUCCUUGGAUUCUGCUCACUGGGAAAGCUGGUGCCAGCCUUUAUCAGAGCACAUGAUGUCUUACAAUCAAGAUAUAAAUCAUCCACAAACAAGCUUAUGUGCAAAUUAGAAGGAAGAAGUCCAAAGAGGCAUGCCAGAGAAGGAAGUUUGCAGAAUCCAAGGGAUUCAGAGAAGACUGCAGUGGGACUGUCUCUGAGAGGGAGCGUUUACAUCACCCAUUCUUGACGGGUUUACCUUCUGGGACUCUGACCUUGGACUGCUGCCGGGACCUUUGUCUUGGACUUGUCCUCUGGGCUGGUCACUUAAGAUUCUCCUGGGAGUGUGACUUCGAAUAUGACACUUCAGUAAUGCAGAAGCUGUAUCCUCCGUGGGCCUGUCUUGGAAGCUAGAUCUGCAGCUGCCCUUCAGUCAUGAUUGUUUCAAGAUUAAAGGCCAUUUCCCUGUCAUUGCCAAGCCUUUUUCUUCUUGCUUUUCAUCUCUCAGCAUCACAGAAUGUACCCGAAUACACUGAAGCUGAACAUCAGCAAUGUGUUAGGAAAGAACACCCCACAAUUGCUUUUGAAGAUCUGAAGCCCUGGGUGUCGAAUUUCACCUAUCCAGGUGUGCAUGACUUUUCUCAGCUUGCACUGGAUGCCAACAGGAACCAGCUCAUUGUGGGAGCAAGGAACUACCUCUUCAGACUUAGUCUACACAACGUUUCUCUAAUUCAGGCAACGGCAUGGGGUUCAGAUGAAGACACCAGGAGGUCCUGUCAAAGUAAAGGGAAAACAGAGGAGGAGUGCCAGAACUAUGUCCGAGUGCUGAUUGUUUAUGGCAAGAAGGUUUUUACCUGUGGUACCAACGCCUUUUCACCAGUGUGUUCCAGUCGACAGGUAGGAAAUCUCAGCAAAAUCAUUGACAGAAUUAAUGGAGUGGCUCGGUGCCCGUACGACCCUCGGCAUAACUCGACAGCUGUGAUUACAUCACGAGGAGAACUCUAUGCUGCAACUGUGAUUGAUUUUUCUGGACGGGAUCCUGCUAUUUACCGCAGCCUUGGAAAUGUUCCCCCACUUAGGACAGCACAAUACAACUCCAAAUGGCUCAAUGAGCCUAACUUUAUUGCUGCCUAUGACAUCGGCUUGUUCACCUACUUCUUCUUCCGUGAGAACGCGGUGGAACAUGACUGUGGGAAAACAGUGUAUUCUCGUGUGGCAAGGGUUUGCAAAAAUGAUAUUGGAGGGAGGUUUUUGCUGGAGGACACAUGGACAACUUUCAUGAAGGCCAGACUGAACUGCUCCCGUGCCGGAGAAAUCCCUUUCUAUUACAAUGAAUUGCAAAGCACCUUCUACCUUCCUGAGCAAGAUCUGAUCUACGGUGUCUUCACUACUAAUGUAAACAGCAUAGCUGCCUCAGCAGUGUGUGCCUUCAAUCUGAGUGCCAUUACUCAGGCGUUUAAUGGCCCCUUCCGCUACCAAGAAAACCCAAGAUCAGCCUGGCUGCCAACAUUAAACCCCAUCCCCAAUUUCCAGUGUGGGACACUGAACGAUGACAGCCCUAACGAGAACCUGACGGAGAGAGUCCUGCAGGACGCGCAGCGCCUGUUCCUGAUGAAUGACGUGGUGCAGCCAGUGACUGUGGAUCCCUACGUGACUCAGGACAGCAUUCGAUUUUCCAAACUGGUGGUUGAUAUUGUUCAGGGGAAGGAUACUCUCUACCAUGUCAUGUAUAUUGGAACAGAGUAUGGCACCAUCUUGAAGGCCCUUUCUACCACUAACAGGAGUCUGAGGAGCUGUUAUUUAGAGGAAAUGCAAAUCCUCCCUGAUGGACAACAGGAAGCAAUCAAGAGUCUCCAAAUCCUACACAGCGACAGGUCACUCUUUGUAGGUCUAAAUAAUGGAGUGCUAAAAAUUCCUUUGGAGAGAUGCUCCAUGUACAGAACAGAAGGGGAAUGCCUGGGAGCCAGAGACCCUUACUGUGGCUGGGAUAGCAAGCAGAAGCGAUGCACCACCAUUGAGGACAGCUCCAACAUGAGCCUCUGGACCCAAAAUAUUACUGAGUGCCCAGUGAAAAACCUGACAACAAAUGGAAGAUUGGGGCCUUGGUCCCCAUGGCAACUGUGUGAGCAUUCAGAUGGGGACAGCACAGGCUCCUGUAUGUGUAGGUCACGUUCAUGUGACAGCCCUCGUCCUCGCUGUGGAGGCCGCAGCUGUGAAGGGGCCAGGAUUGAGGUCGCAAAUUGUUCAAGAAAUGGUGCUUGGACACCAUGGUCUUCCUGGGCCCCAUGCAGCACCUCCUGUGGGAUCGGCUUCCAGGUCCGGCAGCGCUCCUGCAGCAAUCCCGCGCCACGGUACGGGGGCAGGGUCUGCGUUGGACAGAGCAGGGAGGAAAGAUUCUGUAAUGAGAACAGUCCAUGUCCAUUACCGAUUUUUUGGUCUUCUUGGGGACCCUGGAAUAAAUGUAGCGUGAAUUGUGGUGGAGGGAUUCAUUCAAGGCAGAGGUCCUGUGAAAAUGGAAACACAUGUCCAGGCUGUGCUGUGGAAUACAAGACCUGCAACCCAGAGAGCUGCCCAGAGGUGCGCAGGAACACACCUUGGACCCCGUGGAUGCCUGUCAACAUCACCCAGAACGGGGCCCGCCAGGAGCAGCGCUUCCGCUACACGUGCCGGGCCCAGCUGUCAGACCCCCACGAGCUGCAGUUCGGGAGGAAGAAAACGGAGAGUCGCUUCUGCCCCAACGAUGGCUCUGCAGUGUGUGACACUGACUCUCUUGUUGAUGACCUCCUCAAGACUGGUAAGACCUCUGCACGGAUUAUCAAUGGGGGCUGGUCCUUCUGGGGGGCCUGGUCUUCCUGCUCCAGGGAUUGUGAGCUGGGCUUUAGGAUCAGGAAGAGAACAUGCACAAACCCUGAACCUAAAAAUGGUGGCUUGCCCUGUGUGGGGUCAGCGAUGGAGUACCAAGACUGCAAUCCUCACCCCUGCCCAGUGAAAGGCUCAUGGUCUUGCUGGACUCCCUGGUCUCACUGCUCAGCCACCUGUGGGGGUGGGCACUACCAGCGCACGCGGACCUGCACCAACCCAGCUCCGUCCAGCGGGGAGGACAUCUGCAUCGGGCUGCACACCGAGGAGGCCCUCUGCAACACACACCCCUGCCAAGGUGGCUGGUCAGACUGGUCGGAGUGGAGCCUGUGCAAUGAAGAGGGCAUCCAGUACCGCAGCCGCUACUGCGAGGUGCACAGCCCGGACUCUUCCCAGUGCGUCGGAAACAGCACUCAGUACCAGGAGUGCCUGUACAAUGAAAUUCCUGUGAUCCUGCCAGCCUCCAGCAUUGAUGAGAGCACGAACUGUGGAGGUUUUAGUCUCAUCCAUCUGAUUGCCACUGGGGUCUCCUGUUUCUUCGGCUCCAGCCUGUUAACGUUUGUGAUUUACGUGUAUUGCCAGCGCUGCCAGAGGCAGUCCCAGGAGUCCACUGUUAUCCACCCAACCACUCCCAACCAUCUCCAUUACAAGGGCAACACAACCCCCAAGAAUGAGAAGUACACCCCUAUGGAGUUCAAGACACUUAACAAGAACAACUUGAUACCGGACGACAGAACCAACUUCUAUCCGCUGCAGCAAACCAAUGUGUACACAACAACCUAUUAUCCCAGUACACUGAAUAAAUAUGAUUACAGGCCCGAGGCCUCCCCUGGAAGGACCUUUACCAACAGCUGAUGAUGGACAGAUCCUAUGGGACUGGAUAACUUCCUAUAUGAUUUUUUUAAAAAAUUGAUUUUAUGGACCAAAUACCGGCCCAGCUUCUAGAUGUAAAUAUUGUACAGUAGGGUCUUUUUUUUUUCCCUUUGAUUAAUUGUGUUUCUUGUAAACAGCACAUCUCCUUACAAGGACAAAAAUUCACAUGGACCAUUCUGCAGAGCUCCUGUGGAUAUUUGUCUGGAGAUGGCUCUUCUACUGCAACUGUUUAUGGCUGGAAGGUCAGCGCGCUGUCCAAGGCUGAGGUUGGCGAGGAAGGGGCUGUGUGCUGGGCUUGGUGGCCAUUGAGCAGCCACACACAACACAUGGGAGCACUCCAAGAAGGCAAGAGGUGGCCUCCUGGAGCAGGGCUGGAUGCAUCAUUCCUGAGCCAGGACAACAAUGGUGUGCUGGGUGACACAAAGCUCAUGGGACAGGCCAAGCAGGACUCCAUCAUGCCAACAACUUGAAGAACAUUUUCUUUUUCUUUUUUUUUUAUUUUUUGAUUUUUUUAUGUUUCUGAGAAAAAAAAAAGUAGUAACUUUCUAGGGCAGUGUUCCCUAUAUCUUCAACAGAAUCUUUCCAUAUUACAGGAAAUACUCUCUGCAGCCUUCUUUGGUAAUAUGCAGUUCAGCUGAUGAGAAACAACACACAAACGAAGUACAUUAUCCAAAGAAGCUUUCCAGAAUGUUUCCAGUCUUAAUUAAAAGAAAAUUAUACAGGCAGUGAGACACUGAGAAAAGUAAAUGUUGGAAUAACAUUGGAGACAUGAACUUGGAGUGCCUAACAAACAAAGAUGUUUAUAUCACUGGAAAAAGAGAUGUGAUGAUUGCCACACAAGAGCCAUGGGCUUUUUUUCUUUCUUCCUUUUUAUUUUUUUCCGAGACAGUAUUAACUCUUUUUGUUCUAGCUUUGAUCCUGAUUGUGUCUGCCAGGAGAGGCAACUUUAGCGGCCAUGCUCUUCUUGUGGGAAAUCACCAUGCUUUGGGCUAAUAUUUCCUCUUGUUUUAUUAUUGGGUUUUAGUUCAUAUACUUUGAAAAAUUGAGUGAUUCUGACUUUGCAGGGGGAAGGUAUUUUUUUAAGGAAUGUUUCCAUAGUCUGACAUGACCCAGAAAGUCUGCUGCACAUUCUUACAGCGUCUUCCACUCAGUACUUUAUGAAAUAGUAACACAACUGAGUAAAGUGCGUUGUUUGCCAAUAUUUCUUUAUUUUUUCUGAGAAAAAACAACCCAACAAACAAAUGCUGCUGCAGCUAUUGAAAUAAAUUGGAGCGGUAGCAUCAUUAAACAGUAUAUCCAGCCUUGAAAUGUAAUUUUGUGUAUGUGUGUGACUAUGUCUAUAAGAAUUGUAUUAGUCUGAUGCAGAAGCCAUGUUGUCUACAACCAGAUGUUUGUCUGACAUAAUUGUUUGGCAAAAAAGGAAACUUAUCGCUGGUGCUUAAUGUACAACUACAUCCAGUGUGUUAGCAACGUGAACAAGUCCACCACUGUUACCAUUCAGUGUUUCUAAAUAUUUAUGAUGAACUCCUGAUGCUAAGUAUUUUAGAAUGUCGCAAUACUGAGCAUGAGAUAAAAGUACACCCUGAAAUACGCAUGAGCUCCACGUGGUCCUGAGCUUGGCUUUGUUGUCUGCACCUUCCCCGAGCAGUGCCGUGCCAGUGCCCGGCUCCGCUCGGUCUGUCCCCAGCAGUCCUGUCUGUCCCCGCUUGGUUUCGGAUUUCGCUGUGAGCCGGCAUCGGUUGUUUCUCAGUGCUGUUCCUUUGCAGUUGCUUGUUUGGAAGCCCAGCUUGGGCCGUGUACUCAGCUCUUUCACGUAGGCAGCUGGUAGGAAAUGAAGAAAGCCUGUGCUACUUGUGACAAGUAUAUUGCUUUUCCUGCAAGGAGGAACCAAUGUGACUCUGCAAGCCUGUGUGUUAUGGUGGUUUGACCAGAGGGCAAGUAUACAAUAGCCUCUCAUUUUUAAAUUACUUUGUUUGACUUCAUUUUGCAGUGAUUGAAAGCUGUAGGGAUGUUUGUAAUAAAGUGGGGUUAUUAGCACUGCCACAAGGACAGCUUAGGCUCAGCAGUGCCCACCAUUUUCAGCAGCUGCUUUUCGUAUUUAGCAGCCCACCGUGUUUCUGCUCAGGUGAAGUAGAUGGGGCAGAGGGAGAGAGAGAGAUGCCCUUAAACAGACUUUAAGCAGUGGAGUCAGGAGCUGAUGCAGACCUAGGAGACUGUCUGAAGCACCUGCUGCAACUCUCCAAGCUGGCACAGUGGUUCAGCAGCCCUGAACCCUCAGCAGCAGAGCCAGGCACAAGCAGCUGGGGCAGAGCAGGAUCACCAUGGAAGCAGGAUAGCACUGGUGGCAGGCAGCCUUCAGGGAGGCUCUUCCCAGGCCCUAAAUCCCCUUUGAGGAGUGAUGACUUCAUGCCUCAUGCAAUAACGAGUUCACUCUGUCUCACUGAAUUUCCACGUGCCCCUCAGCAAUAUUUAAAAUCCUGACUUAAUGUAGUUCUAACAAGCAUGUAGCCCAAGGGCUGGAAAUUAUUACAUUAGACUAUCAGGAUGGGAUUUCCCAGCUUUAAUUUGUGUGAUUCAGAAGAAAACACUGGCUCCCAAGAUCAUUUCAGCCAUUGUCAAAUCAAAGCAUCUCUGAGCUUCCCCAUCAGAAGAUUCCCUGUAUUAACAGACUCUGCAAUUACCAUGCACGUGGCAAGAUUGCAGCUGGAGUUUGAGGGAAUGCAUGCAAGUCAAACCUUGCAAUUAUCUCAAUCUUCUAUUUUUCCUUUCUCUUUUCCCCUCUCUCCUUUUAAAUUUUUUUUUUUUUACAUUUUUGGCUUCACAGAAUAACAUGGUGUAAACUAAUUUUUUUUUGCAGAGUACCAUAUGAAAUUAUUUAAAUGUUCCAGUCACCAAGAUGGGUGAUUAUUGCCAUUGUGCUCAGGAGGUGGAUAUUUUGUAGGCUAUUGGAGGGCAGAUGCUAUGAGGGUGGUGCAUGUGGUUAUAGUUUCAUCAAGACAUUCCUUCUUAUCAGCCAUCCAAAUGGAUUCAGCCCUUUUUCAUAUAAUUGGCAAUCACAGCAAGGGGCUGUAGUCUCCAUUGGAGCAGAAAGCAGAAUCCAGGAGAGAGUGAAAAAAAGAAAUCAGAACACUGUAUUACUCAAUUAAUGUUUGCAGAGGAGUGCAGUCUGUAAGGACGAUGUUAAUGCGGUGUGAGAGUUGCAUUUUUUAUGAGCUCUCCAGUGUGUGGCAGGUUGACUACGUGAUGUGCAGGGAUGUUCUUGCAGUCCAGGUAAUUUGGCACCUUGACCGUCAGGUCUGUAAUAUCUGUAGAAGUCUGAGUUGCUCCUGCAGCUGGAUGUUAAACUUGCUAAAAUUUCCUGUUGCUAAUACCAUCUUAAACUGGAGUAGAAAUGCAUUUCCUUUGGGAGCAUUGCUUUCCAGAAAGUUCAUUAUGCUAUAUAUAUAAUUUUUUUUUUUUUUGCUUUACUUCUAAGGCAGAGAAAAGGAACCCUGGGUGGUUCCUCUGUAGGUCUGGAGACACUGUGUCUCUGCAAACCCUUUGGAUAGGAUUCAGGUGUACAGGACGUGAAAUAUGAUGGAAAUCUUACAGCCAGCUAUGUAGUGGAAACAUCUGUAAUUAGGCCAUUCUCUCUUUUUGCAUGGAAAGGGCUGCCUUUCUCCCGGCUGAGGGGCUGUGCCUGCUGCUGCUAUCCAGGGAUGUUGUGCCCUUGCUGUCGGGUUUUCCUUGAGCAGUUGCCAGUAACUCCCAGCUCACUGACGAACCACUUGAGGAUCGAACCCUCACAUAAGAGGUGCUGUUGCUCUAAAGGUGCACUUGAAUGUUCAGCAUACGAGUCAGAGCUGCUGUUAAAUGUAUGACCUGUACAGAUACUACAGAAGAAUAACAUUUAUUGUCUGACCACCACUGUUCCUACUGCCUUAUGUUCAGAAAAUGAAGUGUUUGCUUUGAAAUCAGCAGAGAGCAGGAAUGGAGCCCAUGUCUGAUGCAGACAGUUUGAUGCCUCCAGUGAUAAUCUGCUGUUCAGCCCACCUGGAGAGAAAACUGCUGUCCAUUGAGAUUGAUUUAUUCUUUGUACCAAAUGUAGCGGGGGAGAGUUUUAUAUAUAUAUAUAUAAAUAUCUAUAAAUAUAUAUAUAUAAAUGUAAAUGUAAAGUUUCUGUAACAACUUACUCUUCUUUUUGUAACAGUGUAUCCAUCUAUCAGUGGAUAGAUAUGGUAUAUAUUUAUAAUAUAUACACACACAAUAUAUAUAUUUAGCAAAAUGCCUGCAGAGGAAACUUAGAAUAAGAAAGGCAGUGCUGGUAUUCAAAUUCCACAGGGACAAACUGAAGAAAAAACCCUAUAAAAAUCUACUACCCUUUCCAUUAGGUUUAAAAACACACUUUUGAGGUAAAUGAAAUAUAAUUUUUUAAUUGAAAAAUAAAUUGAUUUUUCUAGUUAGAAAUGCUGAUUCUCCCCUAAAUUGUUCUGGUUAAAAGUUAUUAAGAAAGAGAUACUUGAUACUGUUUAUAUUUUCAUAAUAAGCCUCCUAAAUUUCUCAUGUGUAUCACUCUAUUGUUCUUGUAAUUAUAGGUAGGGAGUAAUUGUGCAAAGAAAAUUAAAAUAGCAAGUAGAAGUAACAAGUCUUGUACCAUUAGAGCAAAAGACAUCAUCUGUUAGAAUGGGGAAAAUGUCAUUUUCCAUGUUAAAGAAGUCAGUAACUGCCUUCUGAGUUAUUGAUCAGCUUUGCAAACCUUGCCUUACAGUCACGCCGGGAGGUUUUAUCUGAAAUGUAGGAAAAGAAUCCCUGUGAUACCAUGGCUUUUGUUUUUCAGAAGGGUCCAAAAAACCCAGCAGGCCAUGGAGGCACCUGGUGGCAUGGGUGUCUCUGGAGCUUUCUGUGUCAGUGGCCAAGGCUCUGCCCCCACGCCUCACCCCACCACCCCCCUGAGCCAGCCCUCACACACGGCGGGGCACAGCACCCUCAGAGCUGUCUGACAUGGCAGAAAAAUACCCAGUAAAUCAGGUCUGGAGGAUUCAUUCUUCUCCAACAAAUCCCUUAAAUGCCCUCAUAACCAAAGCCUAAACUCCCAACAGAUGAAUCUUUCCCUUAAGCUUUUUAGAAGGUAGCUUCAGGUGGCUUCAAGAGCAGUUUGGGGGUAGGUGAGAGAGCUUUCUGUCCACCUUUGUUUUUCCUGGUUGCCAGAGCCUUCAAAACUGGGCAGAAACCCCUCUGGAGCUGGGUCCUUGUGGGACUUACCCAGUCUCAGCUCUUCUGCCUGGAAAUUCCUUCUUUAGAACCUUUGGGCAAAAUUAAUGCAUUACUGCAUUAAUGCUGGCUGGAGGAGCAAACCAGCUACCCACUAUUUACAUAGCCACAAACAUAAGUGCUCAGUAGCAUUCAGAGUCAGUUUGGGUCUUGAACCUGUUACUUUUUCCAUUCUGCCUCCAGCCUCAGCUGCGGACUCAUCCCUGCUAUUCAAGAGGAUUCAGUGCUAUAAGAGCAGCCUUUGGCUUUCUGCAGGCCCCAGCCACAAUUUGGUUUUCAACAAAUCUGGUCAUGAAAAGUAUUAACACUGCACUCUGGUUCUGAUGCCUUUGUCAGCAGGACGCUGCUGAUUCUCAGGCCACGGAGUCAAGCAGAGGUCGAUGUGGAUGGGCCAUUAAUAACUGGAGCAAAAAUGUUAUUAGUACCAAAAUGUCAAACAAUGUAAAAGCCAGCCAGCUGCACGGCAGUGUGCUUUCUUUCUACACCCCUCCUUAGACAGCAUCCAGACCUGCCCAUACCUAAAAGCCAUGUGCUUAAUUAGGAGCGUUCCCACAGAGGAGGCUUUAGGGAGGAUGCAUGGUAUGUGAGAUGGAAAUGAUAGGAUUUAGCUUGUGGUUGAGGUGGGAGAGUGACAGAUGCAAUAUUGGAUUUUGGAUACAUGGGAAACAAUUAUGUGAACACAGAAUGCUUGCCCCAAAACAAUAAAACCUGGAGAGUAUUAUUGGACUCUGUUGUGAAGGCACAUCACCUUUCCUAUGCAAUCGAACUUGAUGGUACUUUAGCAUAAAGGUGACCUAGACUAUUAUCACUGCCUUUAGACACUGUGAAUUUUUUUUGGGUACUCUGUAUUUUUAUAUAUUGUACAAUGUAAAGAAUAAUUCAGAAAUAAAACAGACCAACCUGACGAGCCUCUGAGUUAUUUCUC